UCGCUCUAAAUAUAUUCAAUUCUAACCCCAUAUACCGUACGAGCACGCGUAGGUGGUAUAUUGUGUAUGACUGUAAAUAUUUGUAUGAAAUUGCACAUGUUACAUUAGACUUUAACAUUAAAGUUAUACCUUUAAAGUAUUUGUACCCAUUGUCAUAGAAUAAUGUCGUCGAAGGCAAAGGAAGGUGGAAGGAAAAGCCUUUCACCUUGGAUGACAUGUGAAAAGUGUCAAAGUGUUUUAUCACAGAAAGAUGUAACAGUACAUGAUGCUAAUUGUCCACCUAAUUUGGAGAGUUGGACCCAUGAUUUCAUUCAUAAUGGUGUAUUAUACAGCAAUGUAGAUAUAUACAAACCAUCAGAACAGCCAAAAAAUAUUUCUGAAAGAGCAUGCAAUGACAUGGUAUUUAUAUCACAAUCUGCUUUGCAAUUAUGUGAAAUUGCAAUAGCAGAUCCUGUCUUUGUUACUACUGGAGAUACUACAGUUGUAAAGACAGCAUGGCCAUCUAAAGAUAAAACCUUGACAAGCAUUUCAUUAACAAAACAUGCAAUAGAAUUAAAUAAUCUUCGAGGUCCAGUGAAGAUUCAAAAACUAAAAUGUUUAGUUAAUAUUGCUAAAGAAUUUAUAAUUAGUAACAUUGGAAAACAUACAUUACCAGAAAUAACCACAGAGCUGGACAUAGUAUUAAAAAAUCAUAAUGAACAAAAAAUAUUUGCUGUAGGCAAUAAAUUGAGCGUGCCUUUUUAUGGAAAGAAAUUAAUUUAUAAGAUUAUGAAAGUAAUAUCAGAUGAAUGUACAAAUCAUGAUUUAUCUGAUCAAUUUGAACAAUUAAAUGUAAACAAUCAAAUACAUAACUUCAAAUUUUACAAAGCACUUUACAACACCAAAUGGACAAUCUUAGAUGAAGAGCAAGAAGAUGAACAAGAAGACAGUAAACAAGCUAAAUAUAAAAUACAAGAUGUUGGAGGCUAUGAUAAAAUAAUACAAGACAUUAAAGAUGUUCUUGAUAUUGGACUUGGUAGAUGUAAUAGUAUUAUAAACUUUUACAUCAGUAAAGGGAUAUUGCUAUAUGGUCCCGCUGGGGCCGGUAAAUCUAUGAUUGCUAAUGCCUUAUUAUCGGAAUAUAAUAUCAGUUCUUUCACUAUUUACAGUUCAGAUAUUUAUAGCAAAUCUCUGGGCGAAACAGAGCAGAGAUUAAAAGAUAUUUUCAUGGAAGCGAAAGCCAAAUCACCAAGCGUUAUUUUAAUAGAAGAAAUAGAUACUUUAUGUCCUAAGAGGAGUACCUCGAGUACGGAUCAUGAAAGAAGGGUUCUUGCACAACUAACUGCGCUUUUUGACGAUAUACAACAUGCUAACGAUAAAAUGGUAAUAUUAGCUACAACUUCGAAGCUGGAUUUGGUGGAUAAUUCCCUUAGGAGACCCGGUAGAAUAGAUAGGGAAUUUGAGAUUUACGUACCUACUCCCACUAUGCGCGCCGAAAUACUUCAGAAGAUGUUAUCAAACAUCCCAAACACAUUAUCUAUGGAAGAUGUAGCAGAUAUUGCGUUUGUAACUCACGGGUUCGUUGGUGCAGACCUGUAUGGCCUAUGUUCACAAGCUGUUCUGAAUGCAAUAAAAAGCCAACCAAAAGCAGAUACAGUAUCAUGUUUAAAAGUAACAUCAUCAGAUUUCAACCGAGCUUUGACUGUAACAAAACCAUCAGCCAUGAAGGAAGUUUUAAUAGAAGUGCCAAAUGUUCGAUGGUCGGACAUUGGGGGUCAAAAAGAUUUGAAAUUGAAGUUGAAACAAGCCGUGGAAUGGCCAUUGCGUCAUCCUGAAGCAUUUGUAAGAAUGGGUAUCACUCCACCUAAAGGUGUUUUGAUGUUUGGACCACCAGGUUGUUCUAAAACAAUGAUCGCAAAAGCUCUUGCAACAGAGAGCAAAGUAAAUUUUUUAAAUAUAAAGGGUCCAGAAUUAUUCUCAAAAUGGGUCGGUGAAUCGGAAAAAGCAGUCAGAGAAGUAUUUAGAAAAGCAAGACAGGUUUCACCUUCCAUAGUGUUCAUUGAUGAAAUCGAUGCUUUGGGAGGUGAAAGAGGAUCUUCGUCUAGUGCUGGAAGUAACGUACAAGAACGAGUCUUGGCACAAUUAUUAACAGAGCUCGAUGGCGUUAGCGCAUUAGGAAGUGUUACAUUAGUCGCAGCAACUAAUCGACCAGAUAAAAUUGAUAAAGCACUGCUUCGACCAGGUCGUUUGGAUCGAAUAAUAUACGUACCAUUGCCUGACUACGAUACUAGGCAAGAAAUUUUCGACAUAAAAUUAAGAAAUAUGCCCAUUGCUGAGGAUGUACAAAUUCAAGAUCUAGUCGAACUUACGGAAGGUUAUUCAGGAGCAGAGAUUCAAGCUAUAUGCCAUGAAGCUGCUAUGAAAGCGCUUGAAGAAGAUUUAAAUGCUUCUAUAAUUACUAAAGUACAUUUCAAAGCGGCGUUGGCUCUAAUCACUCCUCGAACUCCUCCGUCCUUGAUAAACUUAUACAGUGAUUAUAUAAAUAAAGUAUAUUAGUCGCGAAACAUUUGCUCGUGCAAUAACAAUUGAAUCUAUCUACAUUCAUUAAUAUUCUUCGAUUAUCUUAACGUCAUACUUCAUACUUUUAUUCCAUAGAAUUUUAUUUUCGGAAGAAUUAACAAAAUUUACGAUUAUAUAAUUACAAAUAUACACACACACAUAUAUAUAUAUAUAUAGUUGAAAAAUGUCAGUAUUCGUAAAAUGUGAUGAACCUUCUAAUAAAAUCUGCCCGAAAGAAAUGA